GGGGGGGAAGUGGGGAAUGAAGUGACACAAGAAAAAGAGUCAUUAAGCUCAUUACACCCGCUGAACACAUCCUGUGAGCUCUCACUAUUGUGGUAUGUGUCCUCCUGUGCCACUGUUUUUGUCAGCCUCGCUGUGCUGUGCCUAAUUUAGAUUGUAAAUGCCUCACAUCAGACUCCUUCUGUUUCACUUCUCCUCAGUGUGGCAUGCCCACCUAUGGUGUUGUGUGUAUGUAGUAACUCAAGGAGAAGAUGUAGUCUUCUGAAAGUCUUGCCCAGUUUAAGUGAUAAAAAGAAAGCAUUUAAAAAAUCACCCUUUUUGUAGAAACAAACAGGAAACCCCCAAACAAUGGUCCGAAUCUCAGUAGAAAGUCACAGCUUCACUACAUGACGGGUAUGCAGUGGCUGCAUCAAGGGGCAGAACAGAAGCCUGCUGAAUGUUUUAUUCAUCAGCUUUAUAUCUUUGCCAGGCUGAGGGGUAGAAAUCCUUAAAACCCUUUGUAUUGGCAGAUGUUUUCUUUUGAAAAUAGGCACUCAGAGGUGACCUACAUAGGGUCUUCAGCAAAUACUUGCCCUGGCUCGGUAUUAUGAGGCAAGAAGAGCAGUGAUUCCAUGUGUUUUUUCUAAUAGUCCAAUGUACAGUCUCCUAAAUCCUGUCAGCCUCUCAGGUGAACCUUUAAGGCCUGGACUGUCCCAGCUGUUGUUUUGUAGAGAGCAUUGGGCUUGGUCCAGGCAGCUCUAAUGAUGUGCUGAGUGGUGAUUGUGUUCGAAAUAAAAUAGGCAAGAUGCACUCUGUGCAGUUGGAUCCGGAGGUGGGGAGCAAAGCAGGCUGCAUUUUGUGAGGAGCUCCAUGACCCUGGGUCUACCCCUUGCUUACUAGUAAGUGCCCAUGUCCUUGGUUAGAUAUGGAGCAGUGCAUUCAGAUUGCAUCAGACUUUGAUAGUGCCUGAUGAGUAAUGGUAUAAUGGAUUCAAUUUAUUUUGUAGGUAUCACAAGCUAAUUUCAUUCUUACUGAAGUCACUGGCUAAACAAAGUCAAUAUUCCUUUUUAUGUGUGAGAUUACUUUUUUUCUCCUUUUUCUUUCUUUGUUUAAGGUUCACUUUAAGAUGUGAUUCUCUUCUUGAUCCUGAAUUUUGCUGGUUCAGUCUUUACAACUUGUACAGUUCUCUUAGCUUAGAGAGGUGAUAAAACAGCCCCUUUCACGUCAUGUGGAAAGCCAAUGGUGGUGUGGUGUGGGAGAGAGCUGCUCUGAGAUCAGCUAGCAGUGCAGGUCUAUCUGUCUUACUCUGUCUGUUUCUUUGGUAUUUGAUCAGGACACUUCUGCACCAGUCUCUGCCGCUCCUUAAUUAGCUUGUCACUCCAGGCAAAACAAACAAACAAAAAAACAACAAAAACCACCCACAACCAAAAAAACUGGGAGAGGAAUGUCAUCCAGGAAUGGCUUUUCUGGGUGACAAGGCUGACCAAGAAAAUAGGUAUUUAAGCAGAAUGUUUCGUGUUUACGCAGUAACCAUCAGUGAGUGUCUUGCAUUCCUUAAAGAAUCUACUUUCCAAUUUUUUGCUAAGGCCAAUGAAGGAGCAUAUCAGAGAUAGUCCAAUCAGUCCUUAAUUUCUGCAGCUAUCUUCCUGUCCUGUCUUUUCUGUGUUAGAAAUCCUCCUCUGUCCCACUCUCAGAGAGAAGUUCUUUGGAGUAGAAACCUGUUCUUCAAUUUUUAGUGUGCUGUAGUCUGAGAAAUGAUGGUGGAAAGCAAAUCCAUGCAGAAAUCUCAGAUCAUCUCUCAGAGGCAAAUGCUCAUGAGAAUAGUGGGGAAGGGAGACUGCAGGUGGAGACCUACAACUGCGAGUCCCUCUGCCAUGCACUGUCUAAGGAUACUUCUGAAAGCAUUGUAUGGUUGAUUGGGAAUUUACGAACCUCUGCAUUAUAGGAUCACCUGUACCUGAGAAACAGCUUCCCUUGCUGUCUUAAGACUUCCACUGAGCAGAAUGUAUUACAGAAAUAGAAAGUUAAAUCAGACAGGGAUGUACGGAAGUUUUAGUGGGAGCCAGUCACAAAUUCCAGGACUUGUCUGAGCCUAGGGUAAGAGAAUGGCCAUUGUGGAAAUGAUCUCAAAUGCAAAAUAUGGGCUUGAUUUUGUUCCUGUCACUUUUGAACAAUCAGUAGUCCUUCUUUUAACUGUGUUGUUGUUGUUGCGUUUUGUUUUGCAGCAGCCAAGAAUUCAUGUUCUCAAAUACAUAACUCUGUUACAGUGCUCUCUUAUUUUUGGCCAAUAUAACAAGCACGAUACCUCUGAUAGUCUGCAAAACAAGUGCUAAGAUCUUAACAUGUAACUCAAUUUUCUUCGUGAGGUCAGCUGCCACUUCAAUUUCUCUAUAACCCUUUUUUCCUCUUAGGAAAUAUGCCUAGCAGUUACCUUGUGUGUGAUCUUUUUGUUUUGCUUCUUCAACAUGAUUUUUGUCUUCUAACAAUAUUUACCCACAGAAUUCAUCUUUGGCAUAACUCUGACUUCACUGGAGUUGUACCAGAAACAAAUUUGUCACUGAAAACCAAAUAAUGGAUCAAAGAUUUAUAAUUAGAAUCUCCCAUGCCCUGUAGUCCUGUAGAUGUUUUCCACAUCAAAAGCAAGGUCUUCAAUUAGGAUAAAUGAGAUAACACACUUUAUAUUAAGCUUAUAGUAGCCAUGGAGGCUUUUUUCUCUCUGAAUUUAGUUCUUGGUGCUGGAUUUCCAGAUAUGUUGACUUCAAUCUCCUUCCUGAUGCCUGUCCAACAUUGCCAGCAGGAAUGUAAACAAUGCCCAUCUACACUAAUACCAGUCCUUGAUUGUGUGAGAUGGCUGGAUCCUUCUUAUUCUUUCUGUUAGGAAGUAAAUUGUUAAGGAGUUGGUUUAAGAUAAAUCAAUGUAUUACUCAUCUAAAGCAAAAUAAAGCCACACAGAAAGAGACUGAAUUAAACGGGUUCAUGUUUUAAGCAAUGAGUUUGGAAAUGGGUAUCUUCUGAUGAGUGACGUUGCAAUUAUAAGCUGCUUAUACCUUCCCCACUUCCAGGAAACUGCUGCUGCUCCAGACCCCAAGCAGAACAGUUUGUGUGCAACUGCUUUAAUUUCAGGCAAAAUUAGUUGGUUUUGUUUUGACCAUCUAUUUAAACUAUUAAAGCUAACCCAGCUUGUUUUGCUUGAUGCAAAUUUGGAAUCUUCAAGACUUGGAAGGUAACCUCAGCUACAGUGGUACUGUAACCAUUCCAGCUGAAGCUAGAGGGGGACGUCUGUGCGUAGCAAUAAUUGCAUCAAUUUCCUUAGGUGAUCUGCUCUUCAGGAGGGUUCUGGGCAAGUGUGAUCCUGAAAUAUGCUCACUGUGGUCUAGGUGCUCGUGGGAUCAGUGUCUCACCACUGUUGACCGGAUUUAGAUUCCCAAGCCACUAUGUUAAGAUGCCAGUUUAAUGAAAUUCUCUCAAAAUAUUUCCUUUUGGUUCUUCCUUCCAUGUCUCUUUAUAUCAAAGUGUGACAGAAAACCACACUACAAAUCUAAAUGCCACAGAAUUGAGGCUUUUCAUAGUCCACAAGGGCAUGCCUUCUUUUUUGUGGGAGGAUCAUUGUAGCUGUCUAUGAAAUACGUAGAGAAAAUAUUACCAUCAACAUAUAAACUUGCACCAGCUGAUUGUACUCUAGCAUUGAACAGGUGAAGUAUAACUCCAUGUUCACUCCCUACCUAUCCCACUGCUAUAAAGCAUAAAAGUUGAAUUCAGAAGCAAUUGUACUAAUUCUUAAUUCUACAUCAGAAAAAGUCUGUGAAAGAAUAACAAACAAGUUCAGAUUUAAUAAGCGACUUGGAUGAUAGAUUUCUGAAAAGUGAACAUUUCCUUUUCUAUCCCUUUCGCAUUCCAGCCUUCAAAAAGGAGUAGAAAAGCCAAAAUAUAGUGAAAGUGCUCUGGUGGAAUAGCAAGCCUACUGGGGCUUUCCUGCUGUCCCAGAAGGGAACUGUGUGCAAGUGGAAUCUUAGCUUGGCUCUGCCAAACCAAGCAGCUUGAGUCCGAACUGAUUUGCUAGUGAGCUUCCAAGGUGGCUGGCUAGAGAACUGUAAUGACAUUUCCUAAAGAACUGAGUUCUGAAACAAUUAGCUAGCUUUGUGUAGCUACCCCAAAUGUAGAUGUUUGAGAUGAAGCUGUUUAUUUUAACUCAUGGAACUGUCUAUGGACUAAAAUUUCAUUAUGGAUUUCCUAUAUAGGGCUUAUUCAAGCAAGAGUAUAUGCAUAUUAUGAAAUAUUUAUAUGGUUUUAACAUGGAAACAUGUUGUCUCUUUCUGGCUGCACAAAUUUUGGAGGAAGAAGAUGGAAAAACUGUGAGUUGGAGGAAUUAAAGGGACUACCAGCACAAAACUUAAAUUCAGUGGAAGACUGACAUUACAGUUAUACUUGUUCUUAAUUUUUCCUGUUUUUCAAAUACAUUUUUCUCAUCUGUUCUGCAUGAAGGAUGUGAAAAACAGGGAUGUCAAAAGAUGAGGAAGAGUCUCAAUUGCAGUGUAAGCAAACAGAAGCAUUGGCUUUUUUUUUUUUCCUCCUAGUGUCUUCUUUAAAGUGACCUUCAGUAUGACUCGUGUUAACAGGAGGUUAAAAAACCUUCCGAUAAGACUGUGACUCUGGAGUUGGUCACGUUCCUUUUACUGAAAGUGUUACUAAAAGAGACCCUCAACUUUCUCAUCCCACUGCAAAAAGACCUGGUAAUGCUGUGAGGCUUUUCUUGUGGGUGGAACAGAAGGUGAGCACUUUUCCAGGAGGGCUUGCGGCCUAGCAUGAGUAUUACAAAAUCAGCACGCAAUCCUCUUCCUCCUCCCCACAGCAAUAAGUUUCUCUGCUGUUUUCAUGAGGUCAAAUUCUCUGCUGAGUUUUGAUGGAGUAUGAUCUGUCCCUGAUGUAUAUUCUGCCGAAAUGUUAAAUUCUAUAGGACCUCCAACACUUGUUGUGUGUCAGGAUCUCCACAUCAGAGCUGAUUUGGGCACUCGCGCACUGUUCCAUUAACAUCAAGUUUGGGCUUCCAUUCAAUAGUGACUCAUUGAGGGCAGAGCAGUGCUUCAGGAACUACCAGCUAUGCACUCUGUACUGCCUGGGGUUUCAAACUAAGUCAGAGAAACAUAGCUCUUCUUUGAAACAUGCAUUCAACAAAUGCAAAAGUCAGUGGCGUAAGGAGGCCAAAUACUGAGGGCCCAUAACCAUACUGAUGAGAAAUGUUUUACAAUUGCAGCGCAUCUCUGAAGAUUCCUAUGUGUAGGGCUUUAGUAGUGAGCGUCUUGUUCUGAGACCCAUUUCUACCAGUGCCAUUCAUGAGUUAGCACCAAUGGCACUUGGUGAUUGUAUCCCAUGCAGCAUGAGCUGAUGCAGAAAGAGCAAAGGUCCUGUCUGUUUGUUUUAAUGUAUCACAGAAGAUUGUUGAGGCUACCAAGAGCAUUGGAGAGGAAUAUUUAUUUAUUUAUAGACACGCUGUUUACAUAUCAUAGCUUGAUGAAAGGCUGGACUCGUUACACUUGAACCUAACAUGUGACUAUAGUUAUCUGCCUCACGCUGAGUGGCUGUAGGCCAAGGCAGAAUGUGGACUUACUUGGAGCUGCAGUUUUGCAGCGUCUCUCAGCUUCUCUUUGCCUCUCUUCUGAAGGUUAAUGUCCCUUUGGUGCACCAGCUAAGCUCCUCUUUUUAGAUCACUCCUUAAAAAUAAAUAAGAUUAGCUACAAAAAGAAUUUAAACAGCAGCUCUCUUUGUUAGAGUUUAUUUCAAUUGGUAAAGGUGAGGGAAUGCUUGCAAGCUGUUGACUUUUGGCUGGGGGGCUGGAAAUCAGGAGGGAAGCAGCAGACCCUCCUGUGCUGUGGUGGCACUCAGGACAUGUGACCAAGUCAUUUCCCUUCACAGUUUUUUACUUGAGUCCUGUUUUGCCUAAGUAUUCUCCACUGAAUUUUACAUUGAUGGAAUACACUGUUCAUACAAGUUUCUUUCUGAAUCACUGCUGUGAAUUAGUAUAAUGGCAUUCUAUAAAAUCAAAGGAGAAAAGGGGGUAAAAAGUCAAAGGGGAUGCAUUUCUGCUUCUAAGCAGAGUGAAAGUUCUUUAUUUUCUGCAGUGGUGUGCCUGUGAAUAAUACCACCACAGUUAUGCUUGCUGUUUAUGAACUGUCCUUUUUGAAAGACAGGCCCUUUUGGCUGAUAGAUUUUGUUGACAGAUGCACAAGAGUUACUGCUCCCUGUUGACAGAGUGGCUAAUGAGCAGCAGGAUAUCCACUGGGAAGGAAUUUCUGUGCUGUUUUACUGAACGCCAUCCCUUUUCCUGAUUGUCCCUUGUCUUGUUGGGACACCUUCACAAUAUCAUUAAUGUGAACAGGGAGCUACGUUUGGACUUGCAUCAAGUAUAAUCUCAUAAUGAGAGACCUAUCCAUGCUUUUUAUUAUCUUUAUGUGUGAAAGUACUGUAGCAAAAAUGCGAAGUCACAGCUUGAAACAGUGAUUGAGCACCUGGUAGGAAGGCAGGCCCAACCCAGGGGAGCUCAGCUGCAUGCAAUGCACCUGAGUGACUGCAAGGGGUGGAGCCACGAUCCUCCUCUUCCUAGACCUCAUUUAAGGGUUGGUAGUGGAGGCAAGGGUAUCUUGCUGGUGAUCCCUGCCUGCAGGAGGCCUUCCAGAGGUAAGCAGUUUUUCUUCCUUUGUUUCUGCAUCCAUGGCUGCUGCGUUUGGGCUUGUUUUUGUUUGCUGCAGCCUAGCACUGUGCCACUCUACUGUUAUUGCUGUACUUUCCAUCAUAUUAUAGCAUCACAGCAUUACGAGUACAUUAAGUACUUGUUUGCAUUCCAGGCACAGAAACUAUAUAGUGUGGACUAAAGGAUGUGUGGCUGGCAAUGCAGGACGAGCCAAUUAACGCUACUGAAGGAAGAAAUAGCAGAAAAGGUGCACUUUGUGGCCUCAUGGAAAGCCUAGAGUGACACACAUAAAGAUGAGUGGUCUGUUCCUGGUAGAACUUUCUGGUCCUCUUUAGGGUCCACAUGAUCACAAUUUGCAGCACAGGUGGUUGUGCCUUUGAAAUUGCGAACAGUAAAAUGAGACUGAAAUGACAUGGUCAUGACUUCUGAGUGUGAGGGUGGACACCCUUAAGAUAUGCUGAAACAACAGACAAUUCUUAUAGCAUCCUUACUUUGGUAAAAUAAGAAAAUGUUUUUCCAUUUUUUUUUUCCAAAAUAUGGAAAAAAAAAAAAAAACAAAAACCAACAACUGAAUCAGUGAAGGAAGUGCAAGACUUGGUGACUGAUGGCAUAGUUCCAUAAUGGGUUUAAGCCAGUGCUGUAGUCUUGCAGUCUAGUCUUCCAGCUGUCUCUGACCUUGUGUCCCUACCCUGACACUGCUUUUCCUUGUACAAGCCAUGGAGUUGUUCAGACCACAGAACCAGUCUGAUUUUAAACAUUUCUUUUAACUUCACUGCUUUACAUUUAGUAAUAAUGCAAGAACUUGUGCUGUCAUAAGGGGGGAGAGUGGGAACAGUAGCAAGAGAAGGAUAGAGGACAUUUAUUUUAAGGCCAGUGCUAACUACUGCUAGCUUAAAAUGACUGUGGCACAGGGUGACCAUGUAAUGGGCAGGGAAGAAGAUAAAGCAUGUCUGGCUGAUUAAAAUAGUGCAGGUGUUAGAGCAAAUGUAGCAGGUCCUGUUUGGAGUGGGUUUGUGUCCUCCCUUUAGCUUCUCUGUCAGAAGUGCAGAUAACUCCUUCAAGGGGCUCCCGUAGGGUUGGAUUCAGUGAAGUCCUCAGGAGGUUUAUAGAGAUAGGCAGUGUUUCCAGCUAGUAACCAAGUGACUGUGCUGACCUAGAAAGCUGUCAGCAUUUACUCUCUUCUGGGGCUACGCAAGUUUCCCAGUGCAGGCCUUCCUUCAGGAAUAGGAAUCCUGGCUUUGUCAUGUGAGGUUCGUGCUGCACGUUCUGACUGACGGCUCCUAGAGCAAGGGCUGCGUGCAUUCAGGGGGACAGUGUGUGUGUGGGGAAAGAAGUGGCAUUUUGUCCUCAGUGAUGUCAGCUGGUUGCAAAUGUGUACCUGUGUAUGUUGCUGAGUGCUGACUUUCAAUUUGACUCUAAUAUAAGUAGAUUAUAUCAGGUAGCAUUUGCACAUGCAUAGGAGAGGAGACUGUACGAAGCAAUUGAUCUAGCAGCCUCUCAGCUAGGAGAACAAGGGUGCAGUGUGAAAGGUCUUUAGGAACGUAACUUUUUACUUAUCUCAUUGUUCCCAAUUACAUCCUUUUGGAAUAUCCCCUCAGCCGUACCUACCAUCCAGAAGAGGAAGAACAAACUACAGUGAUAGCAGGAAAAUUCCUCAAUGGUAUUGAGGGUUAUGAAGAGGUGGUGUUUGAUUUCUGUAUUAAGUGGGGGCUACUGUGACAUUAAGAAAGUGCAUAGAAGUCUGGAGGAGGCCUACCUCUCAUUUGUCUGCUGAGCAGAGCUACAGGGAAGCAUCUUUCUGGUUACUCUAGGUUUUACCCCUCAGAAAUUCACACAUGCAAUAGUUCUGUUUACAUCUGUUUCUGUUAAUGCUCUCUCUUUCAUUGGCCCCUUUACAUCCCUUGGAACUUGCCAAGUUAAGAACAAAAGCAGAAGCCUAUGUUUUAAAAGAAGGCUGAUUCUUCAUUUUACUUCCUUGUAUUUCCAAAGCUACUGAUCGGUGUUAUUUACUAUUUUAACAUACUUUUAGUUCAAAAACUGCUCUUCAGCAUAACGUUAACUGUCAUAAACUAGCUUUCUCAUGGAAGAUUCCAUCUGUGCCUCUUUACUGGUCAUAAAACAAAUGCUUAUUUACCUUUCUGUGGUCAAGGCGACAAUAAUAAUAGUGUUAAGCACAAAGUUGUAUUACUUUGCAAAAAUAUCCUGCACGUUGGUGUAACUUGAGAGAGCUGUGCCUUUAUGUCUGCCUCUCCUUCAUUCUGGAGAUGUUUCCAUCUUCCAGCAUUAGGCAUGGUGAGUAGAAGAGAUGUAAAAUACCAUAGAAUUUAGUGUAUUUUUACUUGUUUUUUUUUUCCUUGACUAUAUUUUUAGUGCUUUAAUGUUCUGAUUUUUUUAAAAGUUCUCACUCAGUACACCUUGCUACCACUAUUUCACAGCAGUUCUCAAGAUGACUUUAUCUGAGGAAAAAACUUAUUUUAGUAUUUUCACCCCCCCCAAUUUGUUAACCUGGCAGCACUUGACAGCACUUACUCUAAUGGCAUUGUAUGAGCAAGUCUUGCAUUAGUGCAGGAAUGAUAGCUGAGAAGCAAACACAGUGAAGUCCCUGAAAAGGAAGCUGGGAGCAGAAAUGCAGGACAUCCUGCACCAGGUGUCAGCCUGAGUGCUGCUGGAAUCUCUGUGCCUUUCUCUGCUCUCAGCCAAAACUGCGUGGCCCCUAUCUUGGUAGGAAUGCUGAGAAUUUGGUCAGCACUUUGACCUGCAGACUUUCCAUACAAAGCCUGCAGUACUCCUGGGUCAGCUUUCCCUCUGAUUCUCAUCUAAAUUUAAAAUAAAAAAAUAAAAAAGGUAUAUGUAUAGAGACAGAAUUACUUCUGCUGAAAGACUGGAAAGCCUAAGAACAAAACUAUCAGGCUGCUUUUGGCCAAAGCCAGAAUGGGGACUAGAGGAAGGGAAGCUCUUUCUUCUAGGAAAUCAGAAAAACAUUCAUCAAAAGGCAGUCCUGUGCGUCCACCUGGCAGGAACACACAAGUUUAUUUUUGUCCUCAGAAGCUGUUUUUGGAUCUUUGAAACACAACCCCUUGUUAUGGCAAGUUUGAGGAGUUUGCUGAGUAUCAGACUGCUGAGGAAUUUGCUUUGUUACAUUUUGUCUCCUUCCUUCUGCUCCUCCUCAAAGAAGACAUCUUUUAAAGCUCCCACCCCCUCCCAAAAUACCAUAGUAACUCACCAGCUUUGCCAGAAAAUGCUUAGCACAUUAGCGGGUUUAAGUGUCAUAGUUGUAAUCGCUCAGAAGGCCGCAGAGCUGCAUAGAUUUCAUUCCAGCAUCCUUUCCAGAUGGUGGCUUUUUGACAGCACUCGGUGGGCAGCAGUACAAACUCAUGAAGCCUAUGGAACAGAUGAAAUAUGAGUUGCUGUGCUGCAUGGACAGGAUAGCUGUGUGUGUGGAUGUGGCAGAGGGAGGAGGGUUAUGAGAUCAGCUGGGUGUCUGUGGUGAGAGAAGUGUGAAAUGGCAAGGGUAGGUUUUCUAUUACAUAGUGUCCAAAUAAAAAUGGUUUUUAUUAUUGAGGUUUAUCUGUUCUAGAGCACAAAAAGGAUCAGUGCUGCCCUAUCCAGCGUUCUGUAAACAAGCAGUAUUUAUGCCCUGUUGUUUUGGCUGUCUUGGAUAAUUUCUGUCUCCUGUAACUUAUUUCUGUAAUUGCCUGCAUGCCAGAUUCUGCUCUCAGCUGCAGGAGCCUGACACCAGAAAUAAUUUUUCCCAAGUUAAUAGCGUUCUGCUGCAACCUGGUGCAACUAAAGCAGGAUUUGGUUGCUGUCUGAAUUCUCACCUUUGCACAAGAAGAGAGGCCCCCAUGCUGCUAAACAGAGCCAGACAGCUGCUUAUCUCUCCUGCAGAUGUUCCUCCCUUUGUUCCUCGAUGCGAGGAGGCAUGAUGGAGCAUAGGAAUGUGCCAUAUCCUUUCUGUUUCUCUCCCUUCUGGUUUGGGGCAGCCAAAAAUGAGAGGGAACUAGGGACCCAUUAGCCUAGUGAGUGGGGGAAUGCUUAAUAAUCUCCUUAUUUUUUCUUGACCAUGGGAUCUGACUUCUUGGCUGUGGCUGCAGACAGGGCUGAUAAACAGAGAAAGAACAUGUACAUCUGCUUACAUCUGCUUUUUUUUUUUUGUUCCCCUAAAUUACCAUGCUGACAGCUUUUAGUGUGUAAGAACUUCUCUCAGAGCACCAGCUGAACUUGGGCAGAGCCCCUCUCCCCCUGUCUUGCAGGACUUCACAGUGGGCUGGCUCAGAGCUGCUGCACCAUUGCAAAGGCAGAGUUGGCGGUCACACAGCUGGUGGGCAGUAUUCUGCUUCUUCAGAACCAGCAGCCGAGUUCCAAGCUAUUUCCAGCAUGUGAUUUUUCUGCUUAAAGCAGAGCAAAUUGUACUAUUUCCUAGGCGCAGAGCAGUCCCUUCUAGCUCCCCAUGCCUUUUGAGCUCAACAGGAGCCUAGAUUCCUUCACAAAGGCAAGACAUUGCCAGUCAUUGUCCUGCAUUCAGCAGUGUCACAUGUGAACUCAUCAGGAAACAUCCUGCCCCUGUCUAUAGUAGAGGGUUCUGGGCCCACAUGGACUCAGCAACCACUUUGAGCUCCCUCACAAGGGUCAGAUGCUGUACCUCUGAUCAUGCAGCAGAUGCUGCCCAGCAUGAAGUAGGGUCUCCUGAGUCCUUCUGACUUUCAAUACUUGUUGAGGUCUGAAGCCAUUAGGGAGCAAGCGGCCUGCAGUAGUCUUACUCAUGGCCCAGUACUGUAACUUUAAUAACUGUUCAAAUUGGCAUUUCCUAUCUGUAGGGCACAGCCAGUUUGCAGCUCAGAGGACAUGUGUCUGACCAAGCUACAGGCGUAGAAGCUUUGUGAGGAACACAGCCUUGAGCACAGCUGUACACAGGUGAUAUGGCAAGAUCCUCCAGUGGCUGAUCAUUAUUUUGCUAGCUUUUUUAACUUCUCCAAUCACUUGGGGACACAAUGUGCUGGAGUGGGUGGGCAUGCUCUCUGGAGGGAAUCAGUCUCUCUUUUUUUUUUUUCUAUGGGUAGGAGCAAAGUCCACCUAGAUGAGCAUGUGAAAAGGUGCUUCUCUGUUCUUCUGCUUGUCUUCAUGCCUCCUACUGGGCAGUCUGUGGAUGAUGAGACACAGUUGCUUACAGUGGGUUGUCAUAGUUACCUACACUUACAAAAAGAAUCAAGGAGGAACCUUUGGAUUUUGCAGAUUUAUAGGCUGCUCCACUCCUUUUUGUUACUUCUAGGAUGAGAGCAAAGUGUCUAAUGCAACAUAGAAUCUCUUAGGAACAAACAGAACAAGUAAAACCCCCCUGUUCCAAGUCUUCCUUCCAGCAUUCCCCCGACACUGCAUAAUGCUACAAAUGCAAGCAGCGUGUUUUAAGCAGGUGUAGAGUUGUGCCUCACUGCUUCCUGUGUUUCACUACCUGCUAUCUGAUUGGAAUGAGGCUGCAGGUAUUGAGUGCCUGUGUGUGCUUGGGAACACUUGAUUAUACAUUCACUGAAUCGCCAGCCCUUUGCUGUCUUUGCUGUCCUUUGUCCAGCACUGGGGCUGUCUCCAUUCACCUUUCCUGUUUCUCUGCUUACACAUGUGGUGCAGUAGUGCUGUAGGCUGAGCUCCUUUGCACCACAUCCACCAUGCUGUCAAAAGAGGAUGUUACAGUGCUGGAACCAAUUACAGCAUAAAGCCAAGAAAUGCAUAAAAAGGAGAAUUGUGUUUAAAUCAUCAAAUCAAGGAUAAGGAAAAUCCAUAUAGACACGAAGAGAACAUGACAUUUCCUCUUUGAUGUUUUGUGCUGGGAAUGUUUCAAUCUCUUUUUAAAGCUCCUUCUCCACCUCCUUGCUUCUUAUGGGAUUGUAUCCAAUAUUCCAACGUUCAUGUAAUGCCUUGACUUUGCUAUCAUUCUUCUCGGGGUAAUUAUAGGUUAGCAUAAUGUACCUAUUGUUCUGUUCCACAAAGCAGCACUGUCAUAUGGAUGGCAGGGGUGAGUGGGGGGGGGGGGGGGGGGGUGGGGUGGAUCUUUGAGUGUUCUCCUACAUCCACACUAUGUCUUUAAUUUGUGUUCUUCCUUGUCUUUCCCUUUUUGUUUUUACUUUUUUUCUGCCUACAGUGAAUGCUGAGCGCUUUCCCUACUCAAAUAGUUGGUAUUGGUCUCUUUUUCCAGUUACACCAGUGCUGUUUUUCAGUUUUAGCUGAGUUCGUUCAUAUGAUAGCAGGUUUGCCUUUCAGCUGAAAAUAGCAUGAAGGCUCAAGUAAUGAGCUAUCAGUAUUUACAGAGAAAGCAGACAGAUUAUCCUUUCCAGGACCUUAUCAGUUGAGUGUCUUAUAUUAUCUUGCAUGAUUUUUCCUAGAUUCAGAAAGAGGAAAAAACUCUUGCUGGGUCCGAGCCUCCCUUCUGCAUUUGGGCCCUGCUGCGCAAGGCAGUGUACAAACAAGUACCAACAAAGUCCCUGUCUGAGUGCUCAUAUGUUUCUCUCUAAUAGCAUUUCUUUGCCCUCCAGGUGCAGGUGUGGGAGGCUGCUCUUGAGUAUUGUAAAGUGUUCUUGGUACUGGGGCUUUAUUUAUUUAUUUUGCUGGGCAGGAUGCAGAGUGUAUCACUGGGUGCUUGAAAAAAUAUAAAGGAGAGGCUGAAGAAAGCUAGUUAAAUCUCCACUGUUGUACCCAGGAGAUAAAUGUUGGAUCAUAAUUGGUUGAGAAGCUGUGUAAUCAGUUGCUCAGUUUCUAUUGUUGCCGCCUCCAAGAUAAAUAAUACUCAGGGCUGGGGCUGUGUUUUAGCCAAUGAGACUGUAUAAGCAAAUAGCUUCAUCUUGAUUAGCUGCUGUUUAUUUUACUGAAAACUGCUUUUUGCCUUUGAGUCAAACGAGUGGUCUAGAAAGAUGGUUCCUGACUAGUCCAUCAAAAGAGAACAACAGUAAGGUGUUUUUCUUUUCAGGACUUCACACAACUUCCUCCUCUUUGAAUGUGGCUUUACCAGAAUGAUGAAAUGGGAAACCUCCAAACUAUAGCAUUCUAAAAGCAUUUUGUUGUAAGAGAGGAAAUUACAGACUUCAGAAAUUUGGAGUACAAAGCCUCUAUCAGUGAGUGUACCUUGAGUACCUAAGUCCUUCUCUGCAAAGCACCUGUUGGAACGAGCGCUGCAGAGAAGGACCUGGGUAUCCUGGUGGACAAAAGGUUGAUUCGUGAGCCAGCAGAGUGCUCUUGUGGCAAAAAAAAAAAAAAAAAAAAAAAAGCCCAUGGUAUCCUGGGGUGUAUUGAAAAGGUUGUAGUCAGCAGGUGGAAGAUGGUGGUCCUUCCACUCUACUCUGCCCUGCUGAGGACAUAUCUGGAAUACUGUGUCCAGUUCUGGGCUCGUUAGCUCAAGAAAGAUGGAACUUCUAGAGGGAGUCCAGCGAAGGGCUGUGAAGAUGAUGAGGGCCUGGAGCAUCUCUCUUACGAGGAAAGGCUGAGAGACCUGAGCAUGUUCAGCCCAGAGAAGACUGAGAGGAGGUCUUAUCAGUGCUUACAAAUAUCUAAUGAGCAGGAGUUAUGUGGAUGGGGCCAGUCUCUUUUCAGUGGUGCCUAAGGGACAACAGGCACAAACUAGAGCUCAGGAGGUUCCAUACAAACAAAAGGAACUUCUUUACUUUGAGGCUGACAGAGCAAUGGAACAAGUGCCCAGAGAGUCUCUGGAGUCUCCUUCUCUGGAGACUCUUCUCAAGACCUGCCUGGAUACCUAUGUAUGCAACCUACCCUAGGGAACCUGCUUUAGCGGAGUGGUUAGACCAAAUGACCUCCAGAGGUUCCUUCCAACCCCUAUGAUUCUGUGUGAUUCAAGUAUGUGCAGCUUUACUCCUAAAAAACGAAAGUGUGAUCAGAGGUCAGAGCUUUCCCUUUACUUCAGCAAAAUUUGGACUUCCUCUUGAUCCUGAUGCACAAAACCAAAACAGUUUUAAUUUGAAUGUUUCUUCUAAAAUUCUUUGCAUGAGUUCUGAAAAACGGUCUAGCAGGUUCAUCCAACAUUGUCCUUGCUAGAUUGUUCUGUGAAGCUAUUAAGAUCUGCACUGUCUUUGCACACCUCUGUAGGUUUGCAGAUCUGAAAAAGCAGUGUCCAUCCAUUUGUAUGGAGAAAAAGGGACUGGUGGAUGAAAGUGGACUUUCUGCUGUGUCUCUAUAGCAUGUGAGCUGCUUAAAACGAAAAUUGAUCUAUUUUGUAGUGAUAAUUUAUAGAACUGUGUCUCCAAAACAAAAGAACUAACACAGAUGCAUGAUUUGGCACACAGCAAAUACGAAGCAGCCAAUCUUUCUCCCUGGUGUAACUCCAUGGACUUCAAGGGAAUUACAGUAGUGGCAGUGAGUUUCGCCGAAGAUUCCUUUGACAAAAAUGUAUCUACUGUCCGAAUAAUGUCAAAUGAGACUUGAUGUUUUAGAAAUGGGUGAGGUCUUGUGCAACAGUACAACAUGCUGAGACACAUGUAGAUGUGUGAGUAUGUGUCCACACAUGCACAUGCCUGGGUUGUUUUAUGGGGACAUUCCCAGCACUGGUGUACUUGCAAGCCAGCUCUGAAUGUGAUGUGUGUGCUGGAGAAGCAUAAGGAUGCUCCUUGUAACUUCUGCUUGCCUGUUUUAUUUCUCCUUUGCAUCUUGAAGUGGAAAUCACAGGUUAAUCCCAGUCAAAUUCUGUAAAUGAUUGGCACUGUUGGACAGGACUCAGAAAAAUUCAACCCUCUGGCUUAAGCAUAUUUACAUACCACAGGUCAUUACAAGUUGGUGCUUACCUUUGUAUUCAUUCCUACAUAUCAAAGUGUGGAUUUUGGUUCAUUUUUCUUUUUUAAUAUUUCCUCUAUUUUCUAGGUAACCUUUUUUUUUGUUUAAAGUGGUCCCCAUGGAUCCUGACAUCUGCUGCAGUCAUUCUUACUGGCUCAAAACGGACACCUAGAGAAGAAGAGGGAGCAGCCUGGCUGCAGCCUCUUGUUGUUUCUCUUCUAUAGGCCCCCACCCCGCACCCUCCUGGGUCUGCAAUCCACUAACUAGCUCCUCCUGACUCCAGCUGUCGUUUUUGCUUUUUAUCUACUGCUCUCUCAAAGAGCCAAAUGUCAUCUCUUGUUGUUCCCUUAGCUGGGGUCAGAGGCUCCUUUAUGUGCCUUACUCUGAUCAAAGAUUUUUAACUGGGAAUGAGAGAGGUAAUCAACUGCAUGGCUGGGGAAGGAGAGAGAUUAAAUCUGAGAAUUGCCACUGAUUGCCCCACGUGAAGAACAGUGGCUAACAAAACACAUGCUAUCAUUAUGCUCUUAUGAUUAUUUUAUUCCCUUAGUGACAGUAAAAUGCUGUCUGUAGCAGAAAGGUAGGACAAGGUCCAUCCUUGUUUUAGUCCUGUGGUUUUCAGUGGGGUGGAACUGGGAAAAUCUAGAUUUUCCGUGAAGAGCAACCCAUAUUUUCAGACCCUCUCCCUUGGAGAUUUCAAGAAAGGGAGAAAACAAAUCAAACGUGUUUUUCUUUUAAGUUUAGUAGCCUUUUUUGUUUCCAGUCCUAACUCUAGCUAUGGAGGAAGUAAUUGACAGUGUGCAGGGAUGUGACUUCUGUUGUGUCCUGAACUUCCAUUUAAUCAGCCAGUUUUGGAGCCUACUGCCUGAAUAAGAGUGGGGGCAGGAGGGGUUCCCAGUGCUGCAUCAGUCUCUGCCAUUGGUUUGGUUUAUUGAAGGCAGAAUCAAGCUCCAGGGACUGCAGCAGAUUGCAAACUGUUAAAUUUCAUAGCGAAACCCAAGAAGGAAAAACACUUAACAAAUAGGCUAAAUGAUGAGGAUCACCUUUGGAUUGAUUAAUUACUUUAAUUUUAGUAGUCUAAACUGUCUCCUUUAAUGCAUUUCUUUUAAAGUCUUGUCAGUCUCUCUGAAGUGCCUUCUGCUGUUACAGAGCUAUAGGAAGAACAAUACGAAGUGUCCUGACUCCCCUCUUGCACUGAUAGAGGACGAAAGUACUCUGAAGAACGCAGGAACAGUCAGACCUACCGUAGAUCACUUGCUUUGCAAAAGACAAACAGGCCAUAUUUAGAGUUUGUUUGAUUAAAGGAGACCUGGUUUGUGGGGAAGGAUGCUCUGAGCUCAAAUUGCCAGGUUUUGAUGAGAUCUGUGUUAGGACUAGUACACUAGUACCAUUCCAAAUUUAUUCUCUAAGUGUUUGAUAGUGGUUUUAUUAAUGCUUUCAAAAUAUGUUGCUUUCUUACCAAGUCCAGCUCCUUGAAGCCAGGAGCUACAUGAAAAUUUCAUUUUGUAAGCAGUAAUUUUUGUCUCUACUGGUUGUGAAAAUAAGGAUUGGAAGUAAUCUAUCAGUUCAGAAACAUGGCUUAACUCAAAAUUGUUUAAGUGUUUUGGUUAGGAAAUAUUAUAGGUAUUUGUAAACCUGCAGUAUCAGGUGCAGGUGGAAUAUGGGAAGAAAGAGUAGGAAUAUUAGGAUAAUAAAAGACUUCUCCACAAUAAAUGCAGCGUUAAGCUUCUUGAACUUAGUCUCCUUGCUCGUUUUUCUGGUUAAAACAGGAGAUGUGCCCGAAUCUCAAGUUUAGGCUGAGACCUAUUUGUGAAGGAUUAAGUCAAUUGCUAAGUUGUGAAACACCAGGAUCUAGGAAGAUGGAUUCAUGCAUGACCUGAAUUUUCUGCCUUCCUCCUACAAUGGUGUUUCAGCUCUAGCAUUUAAGUGGGCCUUUUUUAUACAAUAUUGAGGCCUAAUCAUCCCAUGUAUACAUUGUGAUUUGGGGGGAGAAAAAAAUCACUAAGAGGAGUUCACAACCCUAGGGAUACUGGUCAGCUUCCUUCCUGGACUCCUUCUUUGCAUUUCUCUGUAGCAUGGGAUGAGUCACCACCUGGGACAUUUAUCUCCCAAAUCCUUUGGAAUUGUGCGUGCCCUAGAACACUGGUAAGGUCCUUGACCUUCCUUUUUUCUCUCUCCGAAGCAGAUUACAAUACCUGAGAUUCCUGAUCUUUUUUUAUUACAGCUCUUAUUUAUUUGAGUUUUAGAAUAUGGAAAACUUGCACACAUUUUUGUGGAUCUCUAAUUUUUUUUCAGGUGUUUCCUGGGGCGGCUGGGUCUUUCAGUUUGUCAUUUCCAGUUCUACAGUGUUCAAAGUCUCACAGUCCCUGCUGUGUGCUGUUCCAUUUACCACUCCCUUUUUACUCUUUGCUUGCUAUCUUUCCUCCCAUAUUCAGAUUUCUCAUUCCCAAUGGUUCUGCUAUUUUGUUCAGUGGGUGCUGCUAUUAACGCGCAGCUUUGGGCUGAUUUGGAUUGGCACCUGUCUUUUCAACCCAUUGGGUUUUAAACAAAUCCCUCAAUGUGCAGGGAAAUUCUUAUACUGAAGCUAUGGCCUCAUUCUUCUUCCACCUCAAGCAGUCUUCUUCCUGAGCAGAGUGCAAAAUACUAGUAGAAAUUAGGAUGGAGUGCUCAGUGCAUGCAAACUUGAAUGCCAAGAAAAUGCGUGAUCUUCAUGUUUCUGAAGUUCAUGUUGGCUUAAUUUAACUGUCACUGCACUAUUGAACUGAAGUAUCAAAAACACUGUCGUGUUUUAGAAAGGCUGGGUUGUACUUUUUCUGCUUACGCUGUUUUUUUUUUCUGUGUUGUUGUUCUCAAGCAUGUUGACAGCUGCAACCACAUGGAAAGAUUACUAUGGUAGCCAGUUUAGUCCUUCAGGACUUAAUGUAAAACAUGCAUUUCAGGUGUGUCUGUAACAUGUAACCCCAAAAGAAACCAUGUGGAAACAAAGCUCUGUAGUUGUUCUGAGAACAGCAGAAUAACACUAACAGCUCUGUAAAAAGUAGAUAUUGUUAGAACUGAGUCAUCUUCCUUCUGCAGAACCACAAGUUCUAGGACUGUUCUCCAGUAUUUUAUCAGUUUUCUCUUAUGCAGGUAGGAAAAAACCACACAAGCCAAAAGCAUGCACCACAAAUAUUCUGAACAGUGUCAGAUUUUGGAUAUUAAAAACAACCUUGAAAACAUGUCAACUUGUAGUAAAUUAUAACCAUACCUACUAUCAUUAUUUUAUCCAAGAUGAUACUGAUUGAAGACAGAUGCCAGCUGUUUAUCAGCUGGCUUCAGACUAAAGGUUCUUUUUCCUUUAGCAUAGUACUUGCAUUUCUCUUCUUUUCCUCAAUCUUUUGUCUUGUUAGACCAGAAGAAAGAGUACAAAUGAGCGCUGUGUGUAGGUCAUUCCAAAAGUAAUUCCUCCCAUUUUUCCAUGAAAACCGCGAAAGAUACAAAGAGCACAAUAACAAUGUUUGAUAGAGCUACAAAACAUUGUUUUUCAACAGUCACCACCAUUAGCAAAUUUGCACAGAUGAAUUGAUCAAGAUGUUCUUCAUUUCAUGUUGUGACAGCUGUGCACGGCCAACUGGAACAUGGCUUGUCUUUCAUGUUGCGGGUGCCACUGCUGAAAUGCACCACACACUGCCUCACUCUGCUCACAUCCACAGUUUGAUCUCCAUAAAAGUUCAGCAAAUGUCAAUGAAUAUGUCAGUGGGUGCCAUUUUUUUUUCUGUGUGAAGGAAUUAAUUGCCACACCUUUGUUUCGCAUGUACUUCCGUGUCACAUGCUGUUUGGUCAGUCUGCCCCUCUACUGCUGUCUGUUGUAUGGCAACAAAAUGUAAUGGAAUACUGGCAGGAAGGUUCAGCCUCUCCUGCCAUGUCACCACCAUCUGCAUCUGUUGUCGUGGGCUAACAUAAUAAAAUAGAAGGCAUUACUUUUGGAGCAGGCUUCUUAUAUUAUGUAAGUGUAUCAUAUGUUUUCACUUGAACUACUUCUUGGCAAGAAGUCACAUGAAAAAAGCAAGGCAAGGGAUUCUCCAGCUCUUCAUUGCCCUCACAACAAAAAUGCCCUGUAAGUGAUUGUAUCCAGCCACAAAAAUGUCAAACAAACAGCAGGGGCACACUGCAUUCAAAAAAACAAACAUGAGUUUCUAUAGCUUUUCCCAAGUAAAAUGCUCAAUUUCAAGUCAUGCGCUGCAGCUUUAUAAACAAGAAUUUCUAUGUAGUAGUGAUUCAUUUGUAAGUAUGUACAAUCCAUCUAUUUACAGACGUCGCUAUAGGUUAGUGACAGCUGAACCUGAAGCGUUUGGUUCUGGAAUGGACUCAGAGGAAGUGACAUAAUCAUUCAGGUGUGGUAACCUGCUGCUAUGCUGUGAUGUGCUUUGUUGCUCUGUCAUUAUUGUAGCAUGAGGAUGAUUAGUGUGUAGAGCUCUGCAAUUUUAUUUUCUUCUUAACCCACUCUGACCACUGGUAAAAUAAGUUGCUUCUCACCUUCCUGUCUUUCUGCCUCUCUCUCUUUGGCUGCAUCAAAGAGUAAAGAAGUGCUCCAUGUGUUCUGAAAUUAUGUCUAAGUCUCCUUGUAAGUUGAGAAAUGAGGCUCUGAUUAAGCCUAUGGAUUCCUCCAGGAUCUACAUGUGGUGUUUUAGGGACCUCAAGUAGAGCAUUGCUGAGCUAUGCAAUACGUGAGACUUUUUUUUUCUGACUUCUGGGAAAAUGUCCUGUGUUCUAGUGGAUCACACAGUGCUUUCUCAUAAUUCUCUUUAUGCAGAGAACAAUUCUGCAUGUAACGGUCUUGUGUAUGUUGCACAAAAACUCCUCUGAACAGAGAAUCUCUGAAGGGCUUUUCUCUCAUAACUCUCAUGGAAGAUGUUGAGGUUUUUUUAGUAUUUGAUGCAUAUGGCUUCUGGUUCUCUUAGGGAGUGUGCAUUUGGAGAAAAAGGAGAUGGUUGUUGUGUUAUGCAUGUGGUAGGGCCAACAAUGUGACUGUCAGUCAGCAGCUCUUCAGCUAGCUAUAACUGAGAACCCCCCAGAUGAGGGUAGAAGAGAGACUCACCUGACUGCUGUAUGCACCAGGAGGACGUAUCUGAGGUCUCAGAAGUGGGAGACUAUCAUGCCCUCCGUAUAUUGUGACCUUCUUGCAGAUCUUUCCUCUUUCUUCCCUUCUCAGCUUUUGCCAUUGGAUGAGCUCUUCUCUUCCUCUUCCAUUGCUGUGGAGAUGUUUUCCUUCUCCUAGUGAAUGCCAAGUGCUUUAGGCCACAGCCCUGAGGGGUGGGAACCAUGUCUUGGAUCUACCCCCGAGACAGAGUGGAGCCAGCGAAAAUGGGUCUUUUUAAAUUGCGUGGUGACAAGUCUUUUUUUUUUCCUUCCUUUUUCUUCCCAGAGGAUAGCUGGGGAAGUUUGCUGUGCCAAAUGCCUGGAAUGUAUUUCUUCUCCUCUUCUUCCCCCUUCAAAACAGAAAGAAUACUUUAUACUGUGAAAAAUGUUAAUUGGAGAAUAUAAAUCCAAACCUACAGUGCAGCAUUGCUGGGCCUAGGCACCUAUUGAAGUUUAAUGAGGGAAGAACGGCUUUCUCUUGCCCUCCCCUGUUAUGCUCUCCCUGUAUCAGACUCUUUCUUGUGGUAGAGUCCUAUUUCAGAUGAGAAUGUGGGAAUGCCAGUUAGGGUGUGUGCGUUGGCCCCAAGUUCCCUCUGGACUGAAAGCAAUACGUGGCUCCUUUUAAACUAGUGCAGCCAGAGUGAAGCACAGACAUUCUCUCGGGGCAAAGUUAGUUGUGCUGCUAGUGUAGGAAAAGGGAUUCCUCUGGGUACCUGUCAGAAGUGGCUGAAAGCCUUUCUGAGGCAAGUUCUUGUUGCAACAGAGAUUUGAUUGCCCAUGCACUCUGACCAUCCGUUUCUGGGUUAAUGACAGGGUCCCACGUAGGAAGAUGUAUGGCUUUUUUUUCCUUGUAUCAGGCCCGAUGUUCUGUCAGAACUUCGUGAUGAAGUGUUUCUUUAUGAUUACUGACUGGCUGAAGAGAUGUCUCAUUACAUCCAGAAUAGAGAAAAUAAGAGUCCUUCUCCCUGUCCUAGCUAUGGUGCUGGGAGUGGCACUUAUGCUAGCUAAGUGCCAGUCAGCUUGUACAGGAUGUAAUGGAGUCCCUUACAGAAAAUCUAACACAAGAGGGCCCUGAUCUGAGCAUGAAUGCGAGUGUGAUAACCUACUAAGUGUAAUAACCCAUACUUUAGUUCGUCUGGAAUGGCUAUGGAGUGAGUGCCAGAAGUAAAAGCUUCUCUUCAGCACUGGUACUUUGGGAGGAAAAGCAAAUCACAUAGUGGAAGAAAGAUAGUUUGGGAGGGUAACAGGAAAAGAACUUAGGAAAAGAACCCUGCAAAUUCCAAAAGUUUAUUAAAACAAAUACUGACUUGCAGACAGUAAUGCUUCUCAUGAUGGUGCAAGACGUAUGUUCAUCCUUCAGCUCUGGAUAACAUAACACUACUACAGGAGGUAUUUUAACUCGCUCUAAUAUUUUACUGCUUUUGCUCACAAGCUUAUCAACGUUUGUGGAGCAUUAAGCAUUAAAACUCCUUUAUUUUUAUCAACUCCACCAGCCCUUGCUGGUGCAGCACUAGAAGUAUAGGAAAAACCACUUUCUUCCGCUUUGAGAGAUGGGAUGAAAGACUAGAGGAGGUGGAUGACAAUUGCAUGAGCAAUGCAGGUCAGGUUACUGGUGGAUUCCUCUCAUAAGAUACGUGAGAGCCCUCUGAAAGGUAAUUAUUGGAGAACAUAAAUUCCUGAGAUAACCUGUCCAAGAAGAAAUACUGACAGGAGCAGAGGCCACGUGUUAAAGGCUAGCCAUUACUCUAGGGCAAUGGGCUAACCUCCGUGUCUUGUUUUUUUCUUUAACCUCUCCUUGCUCUGACAGCUGACUCCCUCAGUUCUUUUCCCUCAGCUACUUGCCAGUCUGGUUCUGGUCCAGUUUAUUUCCAUGUCCAAAUUCUUGUUCAGUCAUUGUCUUUGCUUGUCAUUGCCACUGCCGUGUUCAGGUAAGUUUUAUACCAAGUCUGGAAAAAAAAGAAAGGUUCCUCUUGUGAGCUGUCUUUUCUAGAUUUUUGGUGUAGAAGAGCUUCAGGUAGCAUUCAGGACUGAUGUAGAAUCAGCUUUGCCUCUGAAUGAAGAAGACUGCUGGAUUGCAGUUGGAGGAGGAAGUCUUUUAGCGUGUGAAAACAAAUUGCAGAAGAAAAGAUGGAACAACACGGGGAAACAAGAAAAGGACCUUCUGUUUUCCUAUGGCUUUGUUUUGUGAACUGGCUGCAUCUCAUCUGUAAUGCAGAGAUAAUGAUAUCUACCCAGUUUGUAUUUCUACUGGUUGAUUGAUUAAUGACUGUCUCAUGAUGCCUCGAUUACACUUCUGUGACCUACAGCUUUAACUAUUCCAGUGCAUUAUAUCCCGGUAGGAAAAUGAAAGUAAAGCAGUGGCUCUGGCUAGUUCAGAUAGGAAGACAUUACAAACUGACCUGAACUUGCUUGCCCACAUGCUUGUAAGACCUCAUCCUAAGAGUGCAAUGAUGCAUGUGCUGUCUGCUCAGCUGUCAUCUCUGUUCAGCAAGGUAUUCAAGUAUCUGCAGGACUUUGAACUGAAGUGGACCUAUGCAUUCAAUGAAGUGCUUUGCUGAAUUGGGAUCCAGUGCUUGGUCAUGUGCAGGGUGAGUCUCAGAACACACAUGGAGAUGUCCUGCCCCAGUGUGACUGGGAUAUCCAUUAAGCAAAUGGUGUCUUAAGAAGAGUGAAGUUAUUAGACUUGGAAAGUCAGUGUGUAGGGGAACAUCUAUCGCAUACUUGAAUUUCUGAAAGCUUAUUGUGGUGAGUGCCUUUUUUUUUUUUUGACAUCAGGCAAUUCCUCUUUGAUGCUACGAAAGUAUCCACACAAAUGAGGACCCCAGUACCUUAGCAGAGGAAUGCCCAUAAUCUGCCCUGCUUCCAUUUGCAGGUAGAAACAUGGAAGAAAGUGAGAAAAGGAAAUAUAAUUUACAGUUCUCUUUUGAAUUACACUAUAUUACCUGAGUUAAGUGCAUCCCUGCUGUACAUUUAUACAAGUUAGAGAAUGAUUGUUCCUAUGAAUUCAAGAGAAAUAAUAACUCAAAGAAACAUAACCUUAAUUAUCUAGAGAACAGAAAAUAUGAUUUUCUAAUGUAAGCAUUUUUAAGGUGAUGAAUGAUUAUUAACUGGAUAGAGUAGAUUUUUUUAUUUUGUUAUGUUUGUGUUCUAUUUGUUGUACACACUGUGAUUCAGGAACUGAAAGUGCUACCCAUUCCAGUUCAGUAACAUUAUCUUUUUAAAUCUUGACUAUUGCUGAGAUUUUUUUCCAAGACAAAGUGGACUCUAGUAAUUAUGUGGUUUUAUUCUGUUUCUAUAUAAGUCUCUGUGUUCUUUCUUCUUACGUGAUCAUUUUCACCUGAGUAAUAUGGCUUGUUUUCUCUAUCAGGAUUUCCUUUGCAACAAGAGAUAUAAGGUUCCCACAGAAGAAUUAGCUCACUAGCUGUUUCUAGUCAAAAGACAAAAAAGUAGCUAAAAAAGUGAAUGUAAUUUCAGUGUUUUUUCUUUUUUUUCUUUUUCUUUUUUUCUUUUUUUUUUUUUUUUGUGGUGGGGAAGCUUGCUUGUGCCUGUCAUUUUCCUAAAUAUGGCACCUGUAUUUGUAUAGUAAAGAGUUGUGCAAGGUCUGAGGGAAAUCCUGCCUGGAAACUUCCAGGAGGGCUAACGAAGGUCCUUCAGAGCAGCAUCUUCAGAGAUUUGACAGUUAGCUGCAUCACGCUUGUAAUGCAGACCCUCCUGGCAUCUCUGCCUGUGGAGGCCUGAUGAAGACGUAUGACUUCAUGAAAGAUGAUCUACAUGGAGAUGCAUGAAGAGGAAUGCUAUUGUCAGCUUAGCUGAUGUCCUUUAGGCAGAUGAUGUAAUUCUGGCAGUCAUGGAAAAACUUCCAUUUUUAUGUUUGCUGUGUCUCGCUGGAGGGCUGUGCUAUCUGAGUAACGUAGCUCCUGACUGCUGCUGCUGUGGAUGGGCUUCUUCCUGCUACAAACAAGUGUGCUGCUUGAAGCCUUACCCAGCUGGUUGUACUGCUGGAGACCUCCUCUGGUGGCAACUGGGGCUGUGGGAACUUGCUCUCAGCCUCCCCAUACAGUGCCAGCUGGGCUCACCCAGGGAUGGAGUGGCCAUGCUGAAGUGGAUCAGGGAGCACUUGUGCAAUUAUUGCUACUGGUAGAAGGUGCAGGAGUAGUAAGCUGUAGGAGAUACGCAGUAAAAAGCAGCAGGGUAGGUGGGAAGAGGAAAUACUUUUAUCGAGUGCAGCUAGAACCAGAAGAGGAUGCCUCUUCACAGUUUGAGAAUCCUUUAGUACGGAUUAUGCCUAAAGCAAUCUGAAGGAUUUAUUAGCGAGGUAAGUGUUGGGUGUUACCCUGUUCCGCAGGUGAGCUAUUGAAGCUACCAAGGGAAUCCAAGUGUAGUCAUUUGCAGAACACUCACUUCCUGGCUCUCAAGAGCCAGGCCAAGCAAUAGAUAGGGGGCUUUACUAAGUCGUCUUUCUACUACAUGUAGGAAUGCAAAAGAUAGGCCAAAUGUGGAAUAUCAGAAUGGAGAUCUGAAUGAAUGGACUUUGUCUUGGACUAUGUUGGGUACUAAAACCAUGAAUGCACAAAGCUAAACAGAUGUCUGGUGGCCCCAGGUGCCAGCAGCAUGAGAUCUUUAAAAUAUAUAUAUUAUUAAAAAUCCCUUGGAUGUUGUCAUGUCCAAUCUAAUACUGCUGAAGUUUUUAUUAGUUCGUUCUUUUUGUAAUUGGAGAGAAUUUUUGACCUUUUGGGGUGUGUUGGGACCAAGCUGAAUUCUGACUGCUGUCGUCAGAUAUAGAAAGAGGUCUAAGUUAUUACCUUUCUCACCUGCUGUUCUUGUAAUUGGAUGAUGCUGCAUCUCUUUAAAACAGAAACCUUGGCCUGAGAAAGAAUAGAUGCUCUGAGAUAUCCCCAAGGAGUCUGCCUCUGAGAUUAACCUAAUUGGUCACUCUGCUGAGUCUAAUAGAGGUUGUAUGCAAUGUCUGACUCUGGAAAUACCUUAGAUGAUUUGCUGUAUGACAUGGAAGCUGCUGCUAUUAUCUCUCCAUGGAAAUGGAAGAAAACUAAGAGGAGUGGACAAAUUAGAACAAGCAACAUAGUGUAGUCAUUCACAGCCCUGUAUAUUUGAAUGGUGCUGAGGAAUUUAUCUUCUGAAAUAAGUAAUGUGAGCACACUUCGUCUUGUACCAUACCUGUUGCAUCUAGUCAACAACAGUGCAUGUUAAAUGCUGGGCAUAGUGAUCCAGUCUUUUUGGCCCUGAGAGCAGAAUGUUGCCAUAGACCUUGUGUGGGGCUGUGUGCAGCUCCAGGAGAAAACGAAUACCUCCAGCUCUGGUUCUUCUCCCUGAUCAGAGAUGGCAGCAGCCCGUGCCUCUAAAGCCAGAUUUGUCCUGCAGGCUGUUGAGUGAAGUCCUCUGAUGUACCGUGCUCUUCUUGACAGUAUUAGCUUGUACUGAUGUUUUUUCUUUAAAUGGAAAUGCUGACAGAGCAGUUGUACUUCCAUGAUACUAGUGGGGAUGGGGUUAAUCAGAUAAAUUUCACCUAAACUGUAAGUUCUGCCUACCUUUUGUCAUUUUAAUUUAGAGACAGGUUUUUUUUUUUUGCAUGAGAUAUCUGUAGUUUCACACUAGAUUAAGUUACAGUCUGAGACUGUUUUCAGAGUAGUGAAUUCAGCUCACACAGUGAGGCCAGGCUCUCUGUUAUGAUUCAGCUUCACCCCGUGAUUCAAGAAGUGAGAAGUCAGUAGAUUCUGGUCAUAACUUGCCACUAGGGAUUUCUGCCCCACCAAGAGGAAGUCUGCAGAUAAAUACCAGACAAAAAGGAUUCCUUUUCCUUCUACAUCUCAGCAAUGGACUGCUGCAAGGUGCUUGGAGGAGAAUGCUGCAAAAUCUCUCUUGAUUCUUUCACUGAUCAAAGAUUGAACCUAGACUUGCAGCUCAGUGCAUCUCUUUGACUCAUGUAACGACUGGGCUGUGCCAGUGCUGACUCAGACUUGGGGACCAGUUCUACAAAGAAGCAAUCGAACACUGUCGCAGCUACAACUCUCGGCUGUGUGCUGAACGGAGCGUUCGCCUUCCCUUCCUGGACUCACAGACUGGGGUUGCUCAGAAUAAUUGCUACAUCUGGAUGGAGAAGCGGCAUAGGGGACCAGGCCUGGCCCCAGGUCAGCUGUACACAUACCCAGCACGUUGCUGGCGCAAAAAGAGGCGUUUGCAUCCUCCCGAGGAUUCCAGGCUGAAGCUGCUGGAAAUUAAACCUGAGACUAGCCAUCUUCCAGGAAAGACUGAAUUCAUUACAGAAACAGAAUUCAUUACAAAGAUGUCUGUGGACCUUCGUAGGUUCUUAAGCUGUAAACUUUACACUUCAGAAGUUGAUCUGCCUCUGAAAAAGGAUGGCUUCACAUCAGAAAGUACAACACUGGAGGCCUUGCUACGUGGAGAGGGAAUAGAGAAAAAGAUGGACACUAAAGAAGAAGACCCUAUACAAGAAAUUCAGAGGGUUUUAGAAAAUGAUGAAAAUGCAGAUGAAGUGAACGAAGAAGAGGAUUUGGAAGAAGAUAUUCCAAAACGAAAGAACAGGCCAAGAGGACGGCCAAAGACACCCACCUGGAAAAAAAUUUUCCAGAAAAAUGCUCGUGGUUCUGGAGGUGGCAGGAGACGAAAUGAUGCUGCCUCCCAGGAUGAUCAUGACAAACCCUAUGUUUGUGACAUCUGCGGCAAGCGUUACAAGAACAGGCCUGGGCUGAGCUACCACUAUGCUCACACUCAUCUUGCUAGUGAAGAGGGUGAUGAAGCCCGGGAGCAGGAGACCCGCUCUUCUCCUGUCCACAGAAAUGAAAACCACAAACCCCAGAAAGGACCAGAUGGGGUCAUCAUUCCCAAUAACUACUGUGACUUCUGCCUUGGAGGCUCCAAUAUGAACAAAAAAAGUGGCCGGCCUGAGGAACUUGUGUCGUGCUCAGACUGUGGGCGCUCUGGACACCCGACCUGCCUGCAGUUCACCACAAACAUGACUGAGGCUGUUAAAACCUAUCAGUGGCAGUGCAUUGAGUGCAAAUCCUGCAGCCUUUGUGGCACCUCUGAGAAUGAUGACCAGCUGCUCUUCUGUGAUGACUGUGACCGUGGCUAUCACAUGUAUUGCUUGAAUCCACCAGUCUUUGAGCCCCCCGAAGGGAGUUGGAGUUGUCAUUUGUGCCGGGAGCUGCUCAGAGAGAGAGCAUCAGCUUUUGGCUUCCAGGCCUGAGGAGCUCCAGCAAUCAAGAAACACUUUGCUCCUGUUGUUGUCAUACCAGCACACAAUUCCCAUCCAGAACACAAAGACACAACCCACAUCAAAACGAAUGGACAUUCAAGUACAGGAAGAGGUAUCUGUGGUAUUCACUGUCACUGAUGCAGAACCUCCUGGGCUCUACUAGAAGGAUCACGUACUUUCCUGAUGCUCCGGAUGAAAUCUCUUCACUGCUAUGCAUGGUUGCUGCUUACCAUUAUGGGCUCACAUGCAUUAUAGGAGGGGGAGGGUUGUUAUAUCGUUAUGAAGAAGUCAAUUUUGUGUGGCCUUGUGCUUUCUAUUUAGUUUUCUUCUGAAGGAGAAAUAGUAAGAAAUCUCCCAAGGAUUUGUUGGUGAGCGCUUUGGUGGGAAGCAGCACCAGCUGUUACUGCCCAAAGGCUCGCCUGGAAGUCUCUUUACUGCAACUGCUCUGUAUUCUUAGGGUGGCUUUGCGUUGCGUUAGUUCAAAACUUUCCAUGUAGUGAACGAUGUGUUGUCACCGAUAGCAGCACUGAUCAGAACUGGGGGAGUGACACUUUCUCUCUUGGAUCAAAUGCUUUGAUUUGGCAGAUCUUCAGACAUCUGGUUUCAGUGCUUCUGAAGGAAGAGCACUGCCAGUAUGAACAUACACAGACGCUUAAAUGCUGCGUUUGGUAUUUUUGGAUAUUCAGGCACAUCGUCCCACUCCAGUGCUAUCAUGCAGUUCAGAUGCAUCAUUUUAUUUUUACUGAAAAAAAAAAAAAAAAGGGGGAGUGGUUCUGCAUGUAACGGACUGCCUGUCCAGCUCAGAAAACUGAAUGAACGAAAGCUGUCGUUUUAAGUUGAUGGUAGAAAAUAGGGCUUCCAGUUUUCUGAGCCAUCUAAAGUAAGCCGAAAAUAGGAGCAGUGUUGGCAUAGGGUCACAUGAAGCACUUGUGAUGAUUUUUUUUUCAGAUUUCUAAACUAAAAUAUUCUGCAAUUGAAAGCCGACAUUUUAUUUUGGGAAUUGCCCAAUCAGAACCUCCAGCUUCUCCAGAGUUGUACUGCUUUUUUUUUUAAAUCAAAAUAGCUAUCAAGAUUUGUUGAAUUUUCAAAUUCUCCAUAGCCGCAUUUUUGGCAGAAGCCUCCUCAAGCUCCGGUGAAGGGGAUCAUUUACUGGAACCUAAUAUGAAAAGAAAGAUGUUCAUGGUUGUUUUAAAAUUUAAAUAGGAGUAGUUGUACUUUGUGCAGACAAACCUCUGCAUGUGAAACGGGGAAGCGUUAGGCGAGAGCAUCAGUUGAAGAAGUAUUUUCACAGCUGAGUCCCUUUGAUUAACUUAAGACGUCACCAGGAGGACAAGUGAGUACAUUGAAGCAUUUUUACCCGAUGCAUCUUUUAAGGUUAAAAACAUGCAACUCCCCAAACAGCCAAGUAGCCCAGAAUGACCAUUUUCGUGGGUGUGAUUUACAUUUCUUUCUAUGCAUAGAUUAAAGUGGGAUUAAGGUAUACAUUUACGAGAGUCCCAAGCAACACGCGAUUUGAGUUGCCUGUACAAGUAGGUAAGAGCACUGAAGGUUAUAUUUGGGAUAUUUAUUCUGGUUGAAACUUUUCUGCAAAAUGAAAUGUCCCCGAAAGGACACUGUGAAAGAGUAGCAGUGAACUAAUUUUUCUUUCUUCUCCUGCUAAUUACACUUAGUUAGAAUGAACUGUACUGACCUGACGCACUUUUCCUCAUUAUUUAGAUAGGUUGUUCACCUUUAGUGUUUUGUUCAGCUUACAGUAGUCGUGCCAGCUGUUGGAUUCUCCCACGUGCUCUCACGAUGUCAUCUCAGACUGCAGUGGGAGUACUUUAGCCUGUUAGAAAAGGGGUUUAGGAAGUGUUUAUCCUAGUUGUAUUGGACCAAAUUCCUCCAGGAGCGGCCACAAUGGCUACCUGUGAUAUUCAUUCAAUACAUUAACUUUCUGUGUGACAGUCCUGGGCGAGCCAAGAGUAUAAAGAUAUUUGAGCAUCAGGUGUAGGACCUACCUGCAUGAGGUACCUGGUACCUCUCUGGACAAAGCUGUAGAACAAAUGUCAAAUGAAGCUUCCUCCUCCUGAUCCAAGGAACUGCCCACCCCUGUGGUCCCAUUCUCACUGCUGGGCUUCUGUCUCCCAGUCUGAUGGCUGGCCCUGAGGACAUGUCCUGGUGGUAGUGCGUGAUCCUGGAUGCAGGACAGCAUGGAGUGAGCCAUGGACAGGGGAUCUGCCCCGAGCAUGGGGAGUACCUGAGGGCCACGGCUCCUCUGCAGGAGCUUUGGCAUCUAUCUGCUGAUCUGACACUUUGGGACCACUGCACAGUUCAUGCUGCUUCUCUGACUAGGAGGGCAAGUAUGUGCUUGGCAGAGACGCUGCUUGACUGUAUCAUAUAAAAUGAGUGUAGUGGCAAGAGAGACAGGAACUGGGAGUGUGAGUGCUGGAUGGAAAUUCUGUGAUGGAGCUGAUGAUGGGAGCAGCAGAGGUGGCUUCUGGUGUUCGAGUUGGUGCUCAGCUGCCUGGGCUGCUGGGCUUAGUGAGCUCCAUUACAGGGGGUUGUUGCCUUCACAUUUGCUAGUAUUUGCGUUGACCUUGGGAUGGAAGUAGAAAAUUACAUAUUGCUUUAGCCUACAUGUAGGCAUACAGCAGUGGCUUUGUAUCUAAGCACCUGGUAGUCCUUUGUGUGAUGUUGGUGGGAGUGACCGAUGCAGAAAGUCAGUGUUCUGUCCCUGAAAUGGAGACACUGACCAAUGAACUGUGCUUUUCAUGCACACCUGCUCUCUUGUUUUGCCAUUUUAUGAAUACCAUGGACCACUUUUUUCUCCCACACCACUGUUAAUGCUAUCGUUCAUGUUUGUAAAUAUUUCUCAGUGGCACUGCUGAAGUUUCACCAUUAACAAGGUAUGAUGGAAGGGUGGAUUGCUAGAUCUUCUGCAGCACAAUGUUGUCAGAGCUCAGUGAAAGAGGGAACUUAUCCAUGGUGAUCUCAUCAGCUCCAUGCUGUAACGUAGCCAGGAAGCACCAGGUAACUCUCAGCAGCAAAUGAGAUGCCAGCUGUCCCAUGCUGAGGACAUACUCCAGCUGCAUGCUCCCUGCUUCUUGAGCUCCCUCCUAGAAAAGAGGCUGGUAAAUUCCUCCCAGGGAUGUUGUUAGCAUGCUUUCAGAACUGUACAUCUUGGUGCACUUCAGAAAUACUAAUCGAGCUCCCAAAUGUUUGAUACUGUACCUGCUUUAUCAAGAUUUGGGGAGGUGACAGCACAGUCAAGAAGUUCAGAACCUCAGAGAACCACUUCCCUGCCAUCAGUGUACUAUUCCUAUAUGGACAUCGGGGUGAACUGCUUUGACAAAACCAGGCACGUCCUGAACUAGCAUGUGACUGAUGUGCGAGCAGCAAGCAGUCUGAGGACCCUGGCUCUGUGAGAUUUCUUUCUUCUUGAGGCAGGAUGUGCAAUGCUGCCCACGGAGCAAAUGCCUGUUGUUGAAAGUGGCAGGGUGUGGUGGGUUGGGCAGGUGGUUCCUUUCAGCUUUAUAAAAUGAACCAAUUCAUUAGGUAAAUGUUUGUGGUGCAGUGGGCAGGGCAGCAAGGGGACAUUUCACCUGCGAGCUAACAAAGCCAAGUGGGCAGGGAAAGCUGCUAGACAAAGGCAUAUUGGGUUUCCAUUUAAUCAAGACAAUCUGAACUGAGACAAAAUUCAAGGUGCUGUGCUCCUUAUCUGCUCUGGAGACAGCUGGAAUGUCUCUUUUUUGCUUGUCUGGUUUUUAACCAGUGAUGGACUUGGUAUAUCAUCCCUGUACCAGCUCUCCUGCAUGGUGGGAUUCACACUCCGUGUGAGAACUUGUCGCCAGCCCUCGAGGUGAUCAAACUCUGACGUGUUUUGAAGCUCUCUGUGUAGGCAAGGCAAGCUGUAUAUUAGCACAAAUUAGGACAGACGGUGGUAGAUUCUGCAUCCCUCAAAGUCUUCAAAUCAAGACUGGGACUGUUCCCAAGAGACGUAUUUUAAUUAAACACAAUUUUAGUUAAACGGGAAUGUCAGACUGAAGAAGGUUUGUGCUGGAGAGGAAGCUAGACUAGAUGAUGUAAUUGUUCUUCCUGUCCUUAUUAUAAAAACAGAUGUUUACUGGUCAAGGGGAGGUAUUUAAAUAAAGCUGUCUCUGGAUAACAGACUUCAAAUACGUUAGUUUAGCAUAUUCAUGAAAUCAUUCUCAUUUUAACCUGUUUUGGGUGACCUAAGAAAAGUCACUUACAGAAAAUCAACUUUAUGGAUGCAGUAAAUAGUGCAAUACAUCUGUCACGGCCACAAUGGCAGCUGCGUUGGUGCCAGCUAUGACAGGCUUUUCCAAGGAAUGAACAAUUCAGACUGCAUUGUGUGAAACUGUCACUUGGUUCUGGCUUUCUCCCAUAGCUAUGUGUGCAGGACUGCCCCACGUGUGCCCAUGGUGGCUGGGGAGAGGAGCUGCUUUGGGGCUGCAGUGGUGGCUCUGAAGCCAGGCAGGCAGAGAAAUGGUCCCCAACUUUGGAUUGAAUCUGCAGAUCUUCUGUUUUCAUACAGAAAAGGGUUUGCAGCUCUCCUCUGGGUGGAGGAGCGGGGCUGAAAGUCCUGUGUUCCAUCUGAACUGCUGGAGAGGUUGGGGAGUCUCACCUUCACCCACAUCAAAGCACUCAGCGGAGUGUCUGCAGGAAUGGCAAACAGCAGCCACACUGCGGAGACAGGGAAGGGGGGACUUGGUGGGGUUUACUCCUUUCUUACAUAAAGGUUAGCGAGAACAUCACGUGUUUUGCUGAUGGGGACUCAAGCUAAUAGCUCAUUAAUGUUUGCGAUACAUUUCUGCCACACUGAGUGAAAAUGCAAAGUAUUAUUACAGCAUUCACUUGUGCGUUUAGAAUAAACAUUGUUUCUGUUGUUUUGAAAUGAGGAAACUACAAUUUCCAGAUCAGCUUACCCCCUGUGCAUGCAUAAAGUUAACAAUGAAGCCCUUCAUGCUGAUUUUUCAGGUACUGGUGUGUUCUUUUCAGACCAUAAAUUUCACUUCCACAGUGCCUCGGGAAACUUUCCCUCUCUCCCCGUUUCUCAGGAGCCAGGGCAAGGGAAGGGCAGCUUUGAGUCUUCAUAUUCUGAGUGAUAAAGUACAAGCCAAUUUCAUGGUAAUCUCUCCACAUCUUGAAGGAAUGGCCUAGUUGGCUGGGAGAGAGCUCCUCCUUUGGCAGUCUAGAAGGGUCUUUGCUAGCAUCUGUCUCACCUGUGCAUGAGAUAGCUUAGUGUGGGGUUCUGUCUUCUUGGAAAUGACUCUUCCUGCUGUGGCUGUAUCAAUCUUCGAAAGUGCUAAUUCUCAUCAGAGAACCAUGUACUUACAAUCUUGAAAAUCAGGAUACGGAUUUCCUUAAAUUCCUCAGGAUUUUAAAGCGAUGCAUGCCAGAAAGGCAGACCACCACCACCACCAUCUCAAGAACUGUGCCGGAGCACGUGUGUUGGGUCACAGCCCAGGUGACAGGUAAGAGCUGCAUUUUGACGUUCACUAUGCACCGGCAGUGCAGAUUUUGCCAGCAACCUUAAUUGGGAAGUAGCUGCUCAGAAUCAAAGGAAAAGAUGUGGAUGUUGUGCCCAAUAUACCCUUCUUUCCUAGACUUCUUAGGAAUAUAAUACAAGGAAAGUGCCCCUGAAUCCUUUUGGGGAGGCUGUAAUAAGGGCAUGAGAAAUUUCCAUGUUCUCUCCUUUGACCUUCGUUAUGGAAUAUCCUUCAUUGUUCAUCCUAGUGUUUUUCUUCUCCCUGGAUUUCAGAGAAAGUGUGUACCAAAGCUGAUCUGAAGGGUCUAGAAUGACUCAGAAAUAGGGAGAGGUUCAGUCUAAACCACCAACUUUCACCUCUCCCUUUAGAAGUGUUCAGCAAGCCCUUGAUCAUUGCAGGGAAUCAAACUCACAUGCUGACUGAAUCUCAAUUCUGCAUUAAGGUCACACAGUCAUUCUUUUAGACUCUUUUGUAGUCAUAAAAUGUUCUUUAAAAAUGCAGGAAGAAAUGUUCCAUCUUUACCUUGAUGGCAUUGCCUUUUCGUGCUGCAGCAGAGAUCAACAGCCCUCCCUCCAGUUUACUCUGACUUUCUUCCAGCACCAUAGCUUGGGUCAACAGUAAUGGGGACAGGUCCAGGAAUAAUCUGUCUCAUUGAAUUGCGGAUGUAAGAGAGACUCAAAAGCAUUCAAGUAAAUUGUCAUCUGCGCUGAUAGUCAGAUCACCUAAGAAUCAGAAGUUUCUGUACAUGUUAAACUAUUAUUUCACCUGUUCCUUAUCUGCCAUUUCUGAUGCCGUUUAUUUUUUCUUUCACUAGAAGUGGUUGCAAAGAGAAACAUCGAUGAGAAGUGGGUGAAUUAAGAUCUUUGCUGUUGAACUUCCAUUUGACAGUGGGACAUUGUCCCCAUUAAUUAUAAGGGGGGAAAGGAGGAGGAUAAAUCUGUGACAUCGUAAUGUGUCUCUCAGAUAAAAUGAUAUUAUCAGCUUUUUAACGCACUUUUGAAAUGCUCAAGAAAUGAUCUCAAAAUAGUGGCAACCACAUGAAUACAUUGAUAGCGCCUUGCUGUGUGAUGCUAUAGUAUUUAAUUUUAAUUAGAAGGAGAUUUUAAGUUGUACAUAUUGGCACCAUGUUUGUGCACCAUACUUAUGUUAUUUACCAUAAAUAUGGCUCACCUAACAGGAAUUGAUCCAAAGUCCUAUAGUAGGUGUUACUGACCUUGAAACAGAAGAAGGAGGAGGGAGAAAUGCCAAAGGUGUGUCAGCAUUCUAACAAAAUAAGGCAAAAAUGACCCCUUAUAGUAUAAUCACUGUCAUAUAUGGACCAUGAUUUAUUGACGCAUGAAAAAGUACAAAUUCACUAAAAGAUAGACGAACUUCUCAGCUUCUCUCAAUCAACAUUCUUUGAUUGACUUCAAGCCUAGAGGCUGGUCAGGUGUCUUCAGAAGGCUCAGCCUAAGUAGUAUGGGUCCUUAGUCUUUAUUUAAAAAUGUGCAGUUCUUACUAGUUGAGUACACCCAACGCACACAAGAAAAUAGGUGUUUUGGCCCCAAAUGAGUCUGAUCUAGUUCUGGUUCAGUCUGGUUCUGGUGAUGCCAUGUCAUAGACUUCAAAGUGAAGUGAGACAUCUCAGCAGACAUUACAGAGCAGUCAGCAACCAGCCUGAAUUUCUCCUUGACUUGAUGGAGUUUGGACUUUAUUGUUCAGUUUCCAGUGUACUACAUUUUGAUUUUCUGUAAACAACUUCUACCUGCAGUACAUGUUUUUCUACUGCAUCAGACCUCACUUAGCUCUGAGCUCACCUCCCUGCCGCAUUUCUAAUCUGUUCCAGUCCUUUUGUUCUUUCUCCUCACGUGGAAAUCUUCCCCAGCCCAUGUUGUUAGCAUCUGUCCCUGGAGCCUGUCUUCUUCAGCUCUGUUUGCUCUGAGGCUGAAGGGGAGUUGGCAUGACUAGGAUAUGCCAUAGAUUUACCAAGUGGGACAUAACCUCCUAAGCACGACUUCCCUCCUGGCUGCACAUCAUGGCAUGGUCCUUGCUUUUAGCCACUCCAUGAGUGGUCCGUAGCACCUUUGUGGCCACUGCAGGUCUGAAGAGAGCUUGUUUGGCAGCCAUGGGAGCCACACGGCUUCACUGCCAGCACACGUGCCCGCCUUCCCACUGCUCCAGCUGGGGAUGCGGUCAGGCUGCCGGCGCAUGAGAUCACAUCCAGCACGGCUACUCCCUGGAAGCCAAAGUGUUGCUUAGUAACCCACUCAUGGAAGUACCAGAAGCAUUUUUCAAUCUGUCACGUCGGUGAAAAACACUGGCUUCUUGAUUUAGAGGCAUUCUGCUGUGUGUAGCAGGGCUGUGCUCCAUUACCUUGCAUCCAGUGCUAUCUGCAAAGAGGGAACGAACCUCCCUGUCUUGGAGGGGCUGGGAGGAAAAAGUCACAGAAGGGAUUUGCCCAGCAUUGCGUGUGAAGCCUUUAGUCAGUUCUCCUGACAUCCAGACCUUGUCUUAACUCCCUUCCUGUGGGAGAUAUUCCCUCCUUAUGGAAGUGCACUCCAGGGUCCUAUAGCAAUUGGCCAAACAGGACCCUGCAGCACCUUCAUCUAUUAUGAGACAUUACUGCAAUAAAACAUGGUGUGUCAUACAGAAACUGGAUGAGGUAUUGCAAUAUUUAUGUUGUAAGCCUCAGUGUCACGGACAAUUGCUACAGAAUAAUGUAUGUCUUUUUUUAAUGCGGUGGAGUCAUAGCAGCUUCACAACAGCACACAGAGCACAGACCAUCUGGGAUUACAUGGUUUCCUCAGUUAUUUUCAAAUUAUUGUGUUAUCGAGAAUUAAAUGAAAAACAUCCUCUCAUUUAAAAAUAGGCUGUUAAGGGCUUUUAGGUUACUUCCCUUCUUUUAAGAUUAAUUCAAUUUGGGGGCAAAACAUCCCAGAACUAUGUUCUGACAUGAAAGACUUGCUCCUUUAUCUGGUUCUGGCUUAUCCUUAAGAAUGGCUUCAAGAAAGAACUGGAGGGCUUUUUUUUUUUUUUUUUUUUUUUUUUUUUUUUUUUUUGUGAUACCUUAUUGAUUUUUGCUAUCAAAUCUCCUCAGGAAAAAGGUAUUUAUAGAAUGUCUAGCUUUGAGCUCUGGUGUCCAGCUGGGCUCUUCCCAUCCUGCUUCUUGUCACAGUGAGUGGAGUCAUGGUCUGUAUCAGGACACUGUAUGACCCAUUUCUAUCUGUGCUCCUGAAAGCCCUCUGCAAAAACUGAAGGUGUUUUAGGAAGAUCAUUGGAGAUCCAAAGUGACCUGAAGAUGAGGUUGUCUGACAAGUGUUCCUGAGAGGCUCUUUCAGUCUUCAGGGAUUCUCUUACCCAUGACCACGGCACAACUGGGGUAUGCCAUAGAUUUACCAAGUGGGACGUGACUCUUAUCCAUUCUCAGUACUGUGGUGAUGAAAUCAUCAAGGUUUGUUUCCUGUGCGAAUCCCUUUCAGCAAAGGGUCAGUGAAACGCGCAACAGCCAUGGUCUAAAACUUAAUGCAGAGUGAAGAUGAAAAAACGUCCUGCAACAUGAGAAUCCCAAUUUGAUUUCUGAAGAACUUCUGAGAAAGUAAGUACAUUCCUAUUGUCCUUACUAGUCUAAUAAUUAAGUUUGGCUAUGGGAUACAAUCUCUUUCUAUUUUAGUUUACAUGUAAUUUAAGAAAUAAAUACGCAAAGUGGUCAAGAAAUAUUCCUGAUGGCUGGUGUCUCACCAGUGUGAGAGCGAUUGAAUACCCUGGGGGUCCUUGCACAGAAAUGUCUGUCUCACACAGAUGUUCAGAAAGAACUGGCUUCUCUGGGCAGCAGAGAGUGAUUUUAGCAGGGGAGUGAAAGGCUGUGGAAGGAGGCCUGAUUUACAUUUUAAUUCUUAGAGCUGGUGGUGCCAGCUCAGGAUUGAUGGAAAUCUUGCCCUCAUGAUGCUAUGCUCUGUGGAAGGACGAUUCAGAGAAGCACUAAGUGUACAAUGCAUUGUUUGUUUGAGAAGUAGCAGGGUAUCUAUUUCCAGUCUUCUAAUACCUUGACCUUGGAGUUUGUUCGAAAUUAAAUAGUCUUGUCUAACCAGCUAGCCAUUGAAGCAAAAGAGCUGUUGUUAUAAAGAGAGUGGGCAAGGGAAGAGCAGACAGACCGGGUAACUUCUAGGCAAUAUUGAGAGAGCACAAUGAUUCCCUGCAGGCACAGCACCUCUUUCUUCUGCACGGUCUGCAAGAUAAAAUGAUUUAAGCUGAGACACGUUUUAGAGCACCUGAGUUAGUUGACUGCAAAGCAGGAGCUGUUCUAUUAAUGUCCAUUCCUGCUGUUCAGCUUUUGAGGUUUUUAUCUGUUGUUAGUACACUCGAAGCCUUCUUUUAAAUAUUGGAAAUGCUCUAGGUUAUCUCUGUCUCACCUAACUGGGAUCGGCUUUCCCUUGUGGAAAGAGCAAGGUGGGGGCUGGAACCUGCUCUGCCUCCUGGCUGUACAUACCCCUACCCAUACAUGACAUAAAUGACACAAGUGUACAUUGAGUGACUGCAUCAUAGUGACUUUUGUAACGCGUUGACUGUGGUGUCAAGAUAAGAUGGCUGGAGAAAACUAGGAAUACUUCACUUGAUAUGAAUAGAAAAUCAGUUAGUGAAAAGGCAGUACAGCUGAGGAAGUUUUCUAACUCUGAGCCGCCAUCAUGUCUUCUCAAUAUGCCAUCUCUAUGUCCCCUGAAUAGAUCUUUGUCCUUUUUGCUGCAUAAAAGAAACUGACUUUGGUGUCCUUGCUCCAAGCUGGAGUCACCAGUGUUCAGUCUUUUUGUAAUGUGCUGAUGAAUUGAGAAGCCAGCCUUGACAAGGGCUUGCCAACUUCCACAGCUUCCCACCAGAAUAAUCUAAUACCAGUCAGCAAAUAGAUGGGAGGGGUUCUGGGAUGCUGCUGACUGAAGUGUGCCAUUGAAGUAUCAGUCUUCAGGGCGAUAGUGACAAGGAGAUUUUAUAUCAGUGCUUGUGAGAAAAAUCUGGCAGUCUCAGAUGAAGCUGGUUGUCCUGUUUGUCACACAGUAAGCACAGAUGCAAGCCAGAACGACUGAGUGAGAAAAUAAGGCUUUCUGUCUGACAAAUACUCCAGAUAUCACUCUUGCUUCUGAGAAAAAAAGCCUUCUGUGACUGAUGCUGGGGUGGCAAGGAGGUGGGCUUGUAGGGCUUCAGAGACACGUCACCGUAGCACAUUUGUCGCGAUGUCUUCAAUCAUGUAAAUGUACAAGAAUAGGAUAAAAAUGCUUGUCAUUUCGUUCAGAUUGCUUUUCGGCUAAGUAUGCUACCUCCAGGUCACCUGUUGCUACCCCACUGAGGCCUCAUUGGGGUUUAAGCUAUGCUACUUGGUAUUCAUUUUUGGUGGCCACAGGCUAAGGUUACAGGUUUAGGAACCAGUACAUAAUCAUAAGGACAGCUUCUUGUGUUAUUUUUCUCUUUCCCUCCUUUGUAAAGUGUGAACCUUUCUUUUGAAAUCUGAAGUGACUGUAUUGUUACAAUGUGUGUAUGUAGAGAUUUGUUUUGAUAUGGCUUGUGUGGAGGACCUUUGCUCCUUUUAUCUCACACUCCAUUUUCUUAAGUGCUUGAUAGCUUUGCAAGCCUUUUGUGGGGGAGGAGAGGUGGUGGGGUGGGCUCUUACUCUUCAGAUUCGAUGCUUUUUGAGGAAGAUUUGCACAGCUUUGCACAGAAUGACUGAGAAUGCAGGGUGCUCUCGAUUGUUCUUAAGCUGUCCUGAUCUGAUUUCUUCCAGCAGAAACAGAUCCAUUUUGAAACCCUCAGAAAAAUACAUAACUCAAUGCUGUAACCAAGGAGGUCCAUCACUUUGUCAUGCACAAAGACGUGCAUGGUGUUUCUCCCCGGCCUGAAAGUGUGCAUCUGAGCACAGAGUGAGUCCCACCCUUCACUCAUUCAACUGAUGAUGCUCUGUGGCUAAUGAUGUUGCACCUGCCAAGGAUCAGCCCUUCUGUGUUUUGGCAGUUAGGAAACCCAUGAGGGAAAUCCUAUGGGUGUUGGAGAGGAGAGGGCAACAUGUGUGGGAACCUCUCAGCUUUGCAGGAUUUCUUUGGUAUUCACACACAUUUGCAAGAAUGUACUCCAAGCAUCUUGUACUGUUAUUAGUAACUUGUACUGUAGUUUGUUAGCCGUGUUGACUACCUACAUAACUAAUAUUCUGUUGAAAUUUAGAAAAAGUGUAAACGAUUGCAGAAAACAGGAGUUUAGAACUUGUAUGUACUUUUUUUUUUUUUUUUAUAUUAAAGCACUUCAAUUAAAAGUUCAAGGAAAAACAUUCCCGUAUCCUUUGCUGCAUGUUCAAACAGAUGUGUGAAAGAGAAGGGAGAGCGCUCUUUCUGAGAUCCUCCCUUCUUGCUUUGGUGCAAAUGAGGUGGUCAAACUCUGUAGAGGGGGCUCUGCAUGUUGAAGCUUAUUCAGCAAAGCAGAUGUCUGCCACCUAGUCCGGUAUCUGUUAUGGACUAAUGCAGUGCCUGAGGGUGAGGGCCAGGCUGGGCAAGCCCCAAGUGUCAGAGGGAAUGCCGAGCCAUUGCUAAGCGGUGAUUCAUCGAGUGAGGAGCUACAAAAGGGCUGGUGACUGGGGGGAGUUAAUGAAUGAGUCCACUGUGAAGUAUGUUGAUGUAAAAGGAGGAAAAGCGUUCUCUUUCCUGAGUUGCUUCAGGAGUACCGGGGAGCUGUGGGUCAGGGCACUGGAAGAGUGGCAUCAGAGAAUGGCUGUGCACAACUCACCGCAUCCCAGAAACUGUUUGUCUUUCUCCCUUAUGAAAUGUGUGUGUCCAAAUAGUCAUCUGGAUCACAUCGCUGUGGGAUCAGAGUGCACAAACAGAUCUCUACAGCGGCUUGUGAUGUGGUGAUCUCAGCCCAGUUCUUAGUAGCCAGAUGCCCGUAAUACGAAAACAACCAUCAAAACUGUCUCUUUUGCUGGCACUGUUUAAUCAAAGGAACAAUGGAGGAGAAUGGCAGUCCUAUUCCUACAAAGAGCCCUUCAAUGUCAAAUUUGCCAUACAGUAGAGUAGCAUUCACCUCUGUGGCACAGACCACAGCCACUCCACAGAGGAACAAAAGCUCUCAGACAGCACGCAAUUAAUCCAGCAUCUAUUAAAGCAAGCUCGGGUAAUUCUGAAGGAACGCAACAGAUUUCUGCUUUACAUUAUUCUAAGCACUAUUUUUUAACUCUACGCGGUACACGCAGCUCAAAGUAAGAAACAGGAGCCCCUGCUUCUGGCAGCUGUUUUCUUCUGAGUCGCUGUUUUACCUCCCUGGCAUCUCAUAAUCCCAAGACAAAACCCAAGUAAAGCACAGCAAAGGAAGAACGUUAAAAUGCUGAUGACUUUCUUGCUGCCCACAGCCAUGAGCAGGUGCCCAGUGCAGAGCAAACAAUUAGUUCCAUGGCCAAGGGCACUAAUGAAAGCUGGUUUCCUAUGGAUUUAUGACAACACGUUGCCUUGGUGCCAGAGACUUGAGGAGUUAGACUUCGUUAAUAUCUUGAAUCCAGAUGAGGAUUUUAUCAGCAAUUGGCUCUGGAAUGGCUUGAUGAACUCUGAAGCAGUGAUACGUAUAGAAAAAAAGCCGUAUUGCACGUGAGAGACUGAAUUUAGUGGAAUUUCAAAGAUAGCGUAGAAAAACUGAUCGAAGCAAAUGUGUCUUGUCUGCUAAGUCCUAAAAAUGGGAUUAGUGCUGUUUGUAUUUCUGUGCUGUCUGUCCACACUUAAAACUUUUUCCAGUGUAACUAUUUUGAAUAGCAGUGUAAUUAAUUGCCACUAUAAUGAUAUUUCCAAUAAAAGGCAUGGGGUAGUUGCAGCAGUGAAGUA